UCAUAUUUUUUAUUUAAAAAGCGACCGCUUUAGAUGUGUAGAUAUUAUUUCCGCCUUGUUUUAGACGGAACGAUUGUAUUGUUACACCACUCCUUCCACGCAGUGUGAGUUUUGACCGCUGUCACAAAAACACUUUAAAUCGUCAGAAUCUUUGCAUUUUGAGUAUGUGACAGAGGUAGACUGUUUUUUUGUGGGGAUUAAUAAUCAUGGCUCGGGUUGUAGAAGUAUUUAAGACGAUACGGAAUCACUGGAAAAAGUCCACUUUAGCUGUGUGCGUCCUGUCCUAUGGGGGGUAUUGGUUGUAUGGUAAACAUUGCGACAGUCUCCUGCGCAGAGAAGCUUGUCAGUUGGCCAGGGAAUUUGGACGGCAACAGAUUGCCCCACAGGAGCAACUAAAGAAAGCAACUGUAAUUUUAAAUCCUGCAGCUUGCAGCGGGAAAGCCAACAAAUUAUUCGAAAAGAAUGCAGCUCCAAUUUUACACCUGGCCGGUGUGGAGAUAAAAAUAGUGAAGACAGAUUAUGAAGGUCAGGCCAAAAAACUGAUGGAGUUGUUGGAGCAGACAGACAUGCUGAUCGUGGCUGGAGGAGAUGGCACCUUGCAGGAGGUCAUCACAGGUUUGCUGAGAAGGCCGGAUCAAGAUAGUUUUAGUAACGUCCCGAUUGGGUACAUUCCUCUGGGUUCUCACAAUUCCCUGAGUCCGAGUCUUCAUCUCCUCAGCGACAACAAAGUUAAGGACAUUACUUCAGCCACACUGUCGAUUCUGAGAGGAGAAACUGUACCUCUGGAUGUGCUGCAAAUCAAAGGAGAGACAGAUCAGCCCGUCUUUGCUCUGAUGGGUCUGCGUUGGGGGGCUUUCAGGGACGUGGCCGCCACAAUCAGCAAAUACUGGUACCUCGGACCAUUGAAGACAAACGCAGCGCACUGGUUUCAAACUCUGAAGGAGUGGCCCCUGGUCCGACAACUUUCAAUUUCAUACCUGGCUCCCAGUCUCCGACCCCCCGAUCUGCCCCCUCAGAAACCCCCCAGGCCCAACCUGCUCCGCCGCAUUGUGCGCCGACUAAAAAGCUACUGGAACCCCCCGGUUAAAGAGCCUCCUAAAGUGGAGGUGGCGGAGAAGUGGGAGGAGCAACAGCUGGCCACGGUGGAGCUGUACGUUCAAACGCACAACAAGAACCCGGUGGAGAGGCGCCUCCAUGACUCCAUGGUGAUCCGGGCAGAGCCCGACAGCUUCACCGUGGGGGAGUUCAUCAGCGUGGGGAGCAAAAAAGAGGCGGAUCCGACAGCUUUCACACAAAAUUCGACCAAACUGGAGGCCGGAGCCUGCCAGCUCAAACUACCAGAGGGCGUCUCUGGCUUCUUCAACAUCGACAACGAGGAGUACGAAGCCAUGCCUGUGGAGGUCAGGCUGUUGCCCAGGAAACUGCGUUUUUUCAUCAGCGCGGAGCGCCGGGAGCAGCUCCUCUCACAGCCACAGUGACGAGGAUGAAAAGCCUCCGAAGAGCAGCGACAGCAGCCGGAGCGGAGAGGAGAAACAACACCAGAACUGCCUGAAAAUGGACCUUUUACGUCUGUCUGGAUGAAAAAAAGAGUGAAGCAUGUCAACUUAAACUGUAUUGUUUUUACAUCAAUAUGUAAGACACUUUCUUUCACAUUUUUAGUUAAAUUCAGCUUUUUCCAGGCGUGUAAUUAUGUUAAGUUUACAGAACGACACACGAUUUUCAUGUCGUCUUGACUCAGUUCAAAGUAGUUUUUUUUUCCAGCAGCGUAACCGACGACGGGUUUAAAGCUGAAGACUUUAAGCCUGUUAUGAAAAUAAAGAGAAGCUUUAGCCUUGAAGAGGAAAAAGGCUGGAAAAGAGGAGUGAAUAGAUGCAGAAAAGGAAAUAAAAAGAAAAAAACUGCUUCAUGAAUGUCUCUCUGUGCCGGAGGAGGCCGGCCUGAGCCGACAGAUGGUGUCGACGGCAAAUCUGUAGGAUUAAACCGGGAUCUGCACACAGAAAGGCACAGACGUCACUUUCCUGCUUAUUCAAGGAAAGGUGAGGAUGCAAAAUCUGAACGACAGCGCUCUGAAAAAGAGUUCAGCUUAGCUGAUUUUAAAUUUCUGUCCUGCUGCUCACAUUGUUUUUAUGUUUGGCUUGACUGGGAGCAAAUCAGACUGGUUUUUGGAGAAGAUCUGUUUACAGAAAGUAAAGAAGCGUCUCCACCAGGACCAGAGCGCGAGGGGUUUACUGGCCAAGACUCACCCAUUUUUUAAUUAUUAUUGAAUAUAUACAUAAAUCCACUGAAACUCUUAAAAAAAGCUGAUUAUCCAUCUAAUGUUUUUUCUGGUAUGAAACCUUUGAAAAAAAAAAAUAUUUUAACAUUUUUGUAUCCCAUUGGUUUAUGUGGGGCUGCACAGUGGUGUAGCGGUAAGCACUGUCGCAUAACAGUGAGACAGUCCUGGUUCAAGACCCUUAAGUGAGGGAUUUGCAUGUUCUCCUUGGAGGUUUACUCCAGCUUCCCUGCUGUCCAAAAGAGAUGCUUUACAGGUUAAUUGGUGACCAAACUGUCCCUCAGGAGAGAAUGGGGUUUUCUGUUUCUGUGCGGUCUGAUGAUGGACCAGCAAACUGCAUGGGGGGGGGGGUGUACUUAAAAAAAACAAACACUCCCAUCAUCUUUUUUUCAAAAUCUGCCUGCCUUCAUGCAGCCCCUCUUUCUCACAGAUAAAUGUUCUAUUGGAAAACACAAAGUAAAAAAACAUUAAUAAAAAACCAUGAAACUGU